UAAAUCACCAAUCUCCACCCGGAUGGAAGACGGUGAAAAUCCAAAUGAGGUCCUUCUGAGUCUGCCGUCAACUAGAAUUCAGUCGAGUGAAGUUGAGAAGGAAAUUGAGGGGGGAAAUGGAAAUGUCAGCAACAAACAAUCAGAGGAAGAACUAAAUGAGAUAGCAGAGAACAGUAAACAAGAUGAAAAUUCACAGCAAGAAGACGGCCAUUCUACAGAGAGAAAUGACACAAGUAAAAGUGUUCAUUCGGCAAGGACGAAUGAGUCUGAAUGUAACCUAAAAGAAUCAAAGGAAGAAAAGGGAAGUCUCGACGAAUCCUCAAGAACUAUUUCAGAUGCCGUACAAUGUCAUAAAACAACAUCCACUUGGACUAGAAGCAAACAUAAAGAUGUGAUCAAGACCAGUAGAAACCCUGAGGAACUUCCAAGCCAAAUUAAAUUUGGACGAGUUUCCCGACAGCCCAGGAUUGUGUCAACUAACCGGGCUUUGUUUGAGGGCACAGUCUCUGACGUCACAGGAAUCGGGUUAUUUGAGGCUAGCCCUGUGACGGACCCCUCGCUGUUGGAGAACUCUGAGCGUAUCCUGACCAAAGUCAAAACUCUUGCCAGUAUGUACAGUGCCAAAUCCGGCUCCAUGAAGGUCCCCUUGCAUCAAAAACGGGCCAUUUUUGUUCGGCGCAAAGGCGGCGAUUUGACUGGGCUGUCUUCAGUUUCAAACCAGACUCGGUGUAAUUCUCAGACGAAAUAUACAAUGGAAAUGAAAAAAACCCCAAAAUGUGACAUCCCAAGUCAUGCACCUGCCAAAUUAAGUCACAGUCCUGCAGAUGCCAAGCCCAAGCCAAGGCCCAAUUCGGAUGCACAGACAGACAACAAGAAGGAAUCCCAAAUAUCCUCUCAGACGAAAGCGCAGAACAAUUCCAUCACUCAGAGCAGGAACAAAUUGCACGUCCCUGCUACGGCACAGAUGUUGUCUGGAAGCCAGAAUCACACCAAGACCAACAGCAAAAACCAGAAUCAUGCCAGGAGCCAGGAGGACAAAAGGAGCCUGCGGGAAAUACUUAUGAAAGAAAUAAAUGAUGUCCAGGAGAAGGUGAUGCCCGGUGACCAGCAAAACUCUACCUGUAAACUUCAGACACAUGGAUUCACCCUCUCCAGGCCCAGGGACUUCAUCGCGGCGCUGAACAAAGAACAGGACCACAGUAGACUGGACGAUAAACUUCAGAAAUCCAUCACACCAGAGGCGAUGUCACCCGUUUCACUGAGAACCUCUUCUUCCAGUCUCACUCGGGAUAAGAGUAACACCCUCAGGUCACAGCUGACAGAACACCAUGUUUACACAGAAGACUCGGCGUCUGAUUCACCAGCUGUGCAAGACAAACAUGAGCCACAAUACCAGAUCCCUGCAAAGCAUCGUGGGAGUACAAGUGAACCAAGAAAAGAUAUGCCCAGGAUUCACUCACAGCCUGAAUACUUGGUGUGCACUGGACCCAGGCAUGGAGACUCAAGCCCAGGAGAGAUGAUUAUGUUGUCAUCAGCAAAGAACCUGUUGUCCGCACAACAUCAGACUUUGGUUGUACAAAAAACCCAACAGCCCAUCGAGGAGUGCCCUAAAGAAGCUGUAAACCUGGUGGGAGGAAGACAUCCUGUUCUGGCUGUCUCUGGAGGGUCAAGCAAAGAGGAUCUAUCAACAAUUAAUAAGACCAAGUGUGAAUUAAAUAGUUAUUUACCGCAAACAUGGAAAUAUUUGCCAGAUAUGAAAGGUCCUGGGCCAACAUUCCUGAGAAAACCAAGAGAGGGCCCAAGUCCAGUGUCGUCAGUGCAAGUCCUGGAAUCAAAUGUCCCUGAAACACACUCUCCAUCGGUGGAGUCUCAUGAUCGUCUAGCAAAAUUCAUCAGCCAGAAGACACCGUACUUCCAAGCCAUGCCUAACACCUGGAAAGUCAAUAACACCACUUCAUAUGAAUAUAGGGAACAAGACCACCAGGGUCCAGGACCGUCCACCAGCCGUCCCAUCUUAGGUCCCCUCUCCGGAUGCUGCUCUCCUCCCCGAGCUUUGUUGGAUGUAUUCUAUCAGGUGGAGACAUCAAGUUCCCUCAUGGUGCCACCUGGCCAGGACACGCAUUUAAGAACAUCACCCUCUGUCUUCAGGCACACCUCUCCAUCCCCCGUUAGAACUUCUCCCCCCUCACCAAACCUCACACCGUCCUCCUUUCCCGUCAGAGCAUCCACUUGCUCGUCACCAUUCAGGGUUAUUCCGUCUUCUCCCACCCCCUUAGCUAAUGAAGGCUUUGUUUCUCCAGACACCAUAUCUAGGAAUCCCCCAUGUUUCUCUGCUCCUCCGUCAUCUGUAAGGAGUUUCUCCAAAAGGGCUCUUCCUGCCUCCUCUCCGACGCCCUCCUCUGCUUUCAGUCACAGUUCAUUCAAAGGAGCAGGACCUAUACCGUCCUCUCCCCUCCGCUCUCCACCUUGCUCCUCUCCCGUUACAUCAUCCUCCACAUUCACAAGAUCCUUAGCUGCCUCCUGCAUCAGUCAAACUUUGGCAAAAAAGAACAAUGUCCGGCAUCAAGUCCAAAGCUCAUAUACACAAGGUCCUCCCUCCACACCAUCCUUACCAAAUUCUCAUCCGCACCGGUGCUCCCAGUCACCGCGGCUCUCUCACAGCCAGGACGUUUCCUCCACACCAGUUUAUUCCCAUUUGGAGUCUGCUAUCGAUGGGAAUCCAUGCUAUCCGCCAUCUUCCACCAGGUCCACUUGUCCUUCUCCAUCUUCUGCCCACUUGACUUUUCAAUCAAAUUCCCAAAACCCUUUUUCUUCUUCUUUAUCUACGAGGCAGAGUCACUGUCCGCCUCUGUCCAGCACCUCUGCUCGUCAUCAUCACUCCCCCAGCCACAACAUGGACUCAUCACAGAAUGCCAACAGCAGCAACAAAGUAAGCUUGCCUACAAGUGCUAACUGUGCUGUUAGCAAUGGAAGCUGCUCUGCCAGUCCACAGAAGGUGCCGUUAGCUAAUGUUAGCACCAGUUGCGCCACGGUACAAAAAAACAGUGAUCGUCUCUCCUUUGGGUCACACAACCGCAGAGCGCGACCGUUUUCUGCAUCCGAGCCAAACUCAAGAGUCCCAUCUCCAACUCCAGCUGUGAGCCCCCCUUCCUUUGCGCGCCUCUGCUCGCCUCCGCCCCAGCAUAAUUACGCUUCCGCCAUGGCAAACAAGCCUCCCGAACCCAGAGGCUCGUGGACUGCAGGGGCAAGUUCCCAUAAUCCAUUAGGUCUAACUCUGGAGAUUCUUGAGGCCUCCUCAGCAAGUCCUUCAUUUGGACCGGCUUCCUCAUGCGUGAGCCCUCAAAUCCUCUCGCCGCCUGCUAUCGGUGUGUCAGUUUGGACUUGUGAUGUCGCUGCACCGCAACCGAGAAAUCCACAAUUUACCUCCCCCUCUUGCUCCUUUUCUUCUUGUUCCAGUCAAACAACGCAAAAGAAAGCAAGCUUUUCCUCCUCCCCUUUUGCCCCACUCUACAGCCUAAGUGCUGGAUCCCCUUACGGACACCCCAAUAAGCCACACACCUUACGGAGGUCUCACUCCAGCCUGUCAGAGACCCACCCGAGCCCACUUCAGAGUGGACCUGAAGGACCAUGUUACUCUUGGGGCGAGAGUAGCCAGAGGUCUCUUGGCUUCACUGACACUUUUGACCAGCGAGGAUCUGGUCCGGUCAGCCCAAGGAGCGGAUGGUCCUCCAAUGACGGUUCACCAUCUUGCCUCAGCCCUCGAGGUGGACUUCAGUCUCCAGUCUCUCCCAGGAGGGUUGCCCCUAGGAGGAGUGACUUUGGCAGAGCACUUCUCUUCAGCAGUGAACCUUGGCUGGAUGGACAGGUGGUCUGUAACAACUAUAACGGACUCGAUGGCUUCUAUGCAGGUGGUACCACCACUGCUGUCACCUUGCCUUCUCCGCCAAACUCCCUCUCGCAAUCCCUCCGCUCCUCAAUGGCUGCAGAAUGGGGAGAUCCGGAGCUGGAACAGGGGAGCUGUCGGAGCCGACUGAUUUGCGCCUACGUUGGCGGACCGCCACCGGAACCAACCCUUUCCUCCUCCUGCGUGGUCCUAUCUCCCCCUCCAGUCGCACACCACCAAAUCUACCAGGCCCACUUGCAAUCACCUCCCCAGUCCCCCAACGUAGCACCUUCCAGAUCAUCACCGGCAGCCUUUGCCUGUCCGUCACUGAACAAAGUGUCUAAUCAGAAGACGAGCUACGCUACCACCGUCAACCUGCAGAUAGCUGGAAGUGGUCGAAUAACUUCCUUCAGCACCGCUCACGUGAAGCAUGAGCCAGACGCCGCCCGGUGGACCGGGAUGCAGAGAACUUCACAUGCCGAGACGAGUAAGCAUCAACGGACUGUCGCACACUUCUUCUGCGCUUCCUCAGAACUGCGGCAAGCUAUGAGUGAAGCCGUCAUAAAGAAAAGUAAUCUUUCUCCAAGGGCCACAUUGGAUUAUGUUCACGUUUUGAGGAAGAUGAUGUGGUGACUUCAGUUCAUGAUGACUUUUCAAGAUGCUUGUCAAUGUGGAAAACAUGUGAAUGAGAUGUCUUCAGAGAGUCAAAGAAAAAAGUACCGAAACUCUGGAUGUCAUUUGAGAUGUGAAGUUUUCACCACCUCCGUUUGAAGCCUUAGUGUAAAAAACUCGAACCAGUUAAGGUCCUCUGUCCGACAAAUGCUGUAAGCAAUCGCAUUUUAUUCCUGGACUAUCAUGAGUUGUAAUAUGAUUGUUAAUAUUUGUAUUCUUAAUUAAUAACCAUUUGUAGUCAUUGUAUUGUUUAUUUAUGAAUUAUUGUUGGCUCUUAGCAGCAGAUGAUUUGCACAGCGUGCUCAGAUCUUCGGCGUGUUUGUGCUGGAGAUGACGUGUCUGGAACAUUCGGACCAAUUCAGCAAAAAGAUGAUUACAAAUCCCUAGGAACUCCAAAGGGGAACGAAGGAACCCUCUGUAAUUCGGAGCAAAUCUGUGGGCAUUUGUCGACGUCUUGGUUAUCUUGAGGGCGGUAUUGCAAAGUCCCUUCUUGCGUGGCAUUCAUUUGGGUUCAGAGAGGUAAAGAGCAACAACAGAUGAGGAAUGUUUCAGAAACACUAAGAUGUUUGCUCCCAAAUGGACGUCCUCACUUUGUCGUUCACAAAAAUGCACAACAGCCAUAAAAAGUACAAUGGGACCUUGAGUUACCAUUUGAAUUGGUUCCAUGAUCGGGCUCGUCACUCAGGUUACUCGUCGAGUAAAUCAAAUCACAUUUAACCCAUUGAAAUGAUAUGCCACGAAUCCGUUUCGGACCCCGAAACACCACAAGUUUUUGGUCACGUUUUAAAAAUAGCACUGUAUUGUAUCACAAAAUAAAGAUGUAACGAUUCAUUCACUACAUAUAAUGUAUCCAUUUAUAUUCCCGCGAUCCCACUACAUUGGUCCGUGCUCGGCAAGUUGGCCUUCCGAACGAACUGUAUCGAUAUAAGAGAUAAUCAAUCGAUUGCAUCGAUACUAGGAAAUGAAAUCAUGUCAACUACUGGACGCUGUUUUCAAGCCUCACGUUGUGUUUCAAAGAGCACUUCUUUAGCACUCCCUGUAUUAUUCACACUAUUCCUAAAAGCUUUUGCUCGUGGAAACCUCACAGUGCUUCAUUUCUAGCCAUUACUAUUUGACCGUUUAGAACGGAUUCUCAAACUCUUUUGCUCCAGCCAGGGACCCCUUAGAGUGGACACAUUUUUCCAAGGACCCCCUCAAAGUUCUAACGCUAAUUGAACAUCUUCUUUCGGGGGGAAAACCGAACGAACCAGUAAAAUCAUGGCUGAAAUAAUAGGAAUAACAAGUUGCUGUCCCCCUUAGUUUUAUUGCAAAGCAAAACCAGUGCAUCAGGAAAAUCCUUACAUUUAAUGACCAUAAUGAAUUUGACCUGAUUACCUAACAAGAAACAACAGGACAAAUUUAGGAAAUUUCACCUGCACUGUCCAGUAUGCGAUUAUUUAUUUCAAGUCACACUGGAUACAUUUUCGACGAAAAGGUUACUGAAUCGACUUCAUGCCUCUGAAUUGUUUCGCAUCGUAUCGUUCCAAGUGAGCAAUUCAUCUCCUUGAAUCGAAUAGGCAACCACAAAUUGUGAUACAAAUCCAAUUGUUGUCAAAACAAAUACUUACACCCCUAACCCAUUCACUGCCAGUCCUCCAUAUUAACAUUUGAAUUCAACAGCCGUCAAUGGCAGCGAAUGAGCUCAUAGAAACAUAACAAAAAAAGUGUAAACAAUACAUUUACUCUACUGUAGUAUUUGUGUGUCGUAACCCAAAUUUGUCUUGCAACACGAAGCAAAAAAUUGGCUCGUACCAAAAGACUGCUAGGUUGAGACAUUGAUGAAGUCGAGGUACCAGUGUAGUACACGGUGUUCGUUUCCUUCGUUUCCCAAUCAUGACUGACAGGUGCUAAGGACCGUUUCGGUGGACUUUGAAGCUAAAGUCACACAAUCUUUUAAAUGAGAAAACUCGAUCAAUGUGAAGAUGGAGACAUCUGAACUUUGGUGUGUGUUGUUGUCCUAAAACGAGACAGCUGCGGAUUCGCAUCGACUUGCCCGAGCUGGCGCACACGCAAGGACAUGUUUCUGUGCGUGUGUUCGAUGUUUAACGUGUAGGGCGCUAACCAUAGCGAGAUUUGCCUUCUGAUUACACAAACCUUAAUGGGGGCUGAAACAGAUUUCAAAAAGGGAAAAGCCAACAAACAAAUAAAUUGUGCCAUGCAAAACCCAAACACAGUGGUGACUCCUCCUCUUCGUAAGCUACAACCUGGCGCGAGUCAUCUCUGGUUAGUGUACACGGGCCCUGUCAUUGAGUGUCGACCAGUUCGUGGUCUGUUUAC